AUGACCGAAGAAGAGACUUCUGUUGGCGACCUCGCCUCCAACCCCAAGCAGGAGGUCUCCGAUGUCCACCGCGAGAGCCUGCCGCUGGUCGUGUCCGCGGAGGAGGCGCUGGCCCGCGCCAGGAGCCAGCCUGAUGAGGCCCUGCCGUUGCGCAUCACUUUUGGCCCGCAGGAUCGGGACAACCCCCGGUGCUGGGGGUACUGGCGCAAGUGGUACAUUACCUUGUUCGUCAGCAUGUUGAACGUGAUCACCACCUGGUCUUGUGGCGCCUUUUCCUCCGGUGCCACCGGCAUCGCCGAUCAUUUCGACGUCUCGAGCGAAGUCACUACCCUCUGUCUGUCCAUGUACGUGCUGGGAUACGCCAUCGGACCCAUGCUGCUGGCCCCGCUGUCCGAGUACUACGGCCGCCAACCCGUCUACAUCGUGUCUUGGUUCGUCAUGACCAUCUUCCAGCUGCCUCUGGCUCUGGCCCCCAACAUCGGCACCAUCAUCGUCUGCCGCUUCAUCGCCGGAUUCGCCGGCGGUGCGCCUCUGACCAACACCGGCGGCACCAUCAGUGAUAUCUGGGAGCGGAACGACAGCGGGGGUCCCAUGUCGUUCUACGGUCUCAGCAGCACGUUCGGCCCCCCGACGGCGCUGGUCAUGAGCGGCUACAUCGGUCUCAACCUGAACUGGCACUGGAUCUUCUGGAUCAUCAUGGCCAUCACCGGCGGCUUCUGGAUCGUCCUCACCCUCACUAUCCCCGAGACCCGCCACAGCAUCAUCCUGCAGCGCAAGGCCGACCGCGUCCGCAAGCAGAUGCGCCUCGAGGGCCUCCGGUCCGCCGAGACCACCACCGACAUCCACGCCGAGGACCGCGCGGGUCUGCACCAGCUCUUCGGCAUCACCCUCACCCGCCCCAUCCGCUUCCUGUUCACCGAGCCCAUCACCACCUUCUCCGCCAUCUACAACGGCUUCCUCUACGGCCUGGUCUACCUCUUCAACGAAUCCUUCCCCCUCGUCUUCGGCGAACCCAACGGCCACGGCUUCAACGUCGGCCAGCAGGGGCUCUGCUUCCUGGGCAUCGCCAUCGGCGCGCUCCUUGCAUUCUGCUGCUCCCCCCUCCAGGAGCGGUACUACCUGCGCCGCGUCAGCGAACACGAGGGCCGCAGCGUGCCGGAGGCGCGCAUGUGGAUGGCGCGCGGCGGCGCCGUGCUCAUCCCCAUCAGUCUGUUCUGGUUCGGCUGGACGAGCUACCAGUCGAUCCACUGGAUCGUGCCGAUCAUCGCGUCCGUGUUCUUCGGCGCGGGCCUGUACAUCGUCAUCCUCAGUAUCCUCAACUAUGUCGUCGACAGCUACCAGACGUACUCGGCCUCGGCGCUCGCCGGCGUCAUCCUCGUCCGCAACGUCGUCGGAGCCGGCUUCCCGCUCUUCGCGACCCAGAUGUACGAGAAGCUGGGCUACGAGUGGGCGUCUUCUCUGCUCGGCUUCAUUGCCAUCCUCCUUGUGCCCAUCCCCUUCAUCUUCUUCUAUAAGGGUCGCGCGAUCCGCCUGCGGAGUCCGUGGGCCCGCGAGCACUUCGACUCCAACGAGGAUGCGCCGCACUGACGGCGUCAUUGGUGUU